GUCUGUAACAUAUGUUUAAAAAUCCGUACGUACCGAUUAGAAAGUGAUGCUGUCAUGUUCAGCACUUAAUAGGUUAUGAAGCGUGUUUGUUGACAAACAUCGUCUAAAAUUACUGUGACUGUUUAUUACGGUUAUCCAUACUUGGAAACAAUAGUUUACAAGUGGUUGAUGCAGAGAAAACGAAACAAUCAGCUUUUUACUUAUUGAAUUCAACUAACGAAUUUAUACCUAAUUAAGCAAUUGCAAGUUUAAUAUUUCUUAAAAACAAUGCCUCCAGCCGCAGCAAGAGAUAUUUUUAUUAUUCUCGUUGAUCUAAAAUCCAGUCCUCGAGAUGAUGUUCUACACACACUUUCAACUGUUAUACUUUACAAGCAGCUUUCUGCCUCGAAAAGCGAAUACAACCUUUACUUGGUAAAUGCUGCUGAUUCGUCAAAUAAAUUAAAAUACACUGGUAUAUACAAAUGGGAAAUCCCAGAUGCAAUUGAAGACUUAUGCCAAGAGAUAUCUUCUAUUGAAACUGGACAGUCAGACUGGCUAGAAGCCUUAGCACUGGCUGUUGAUGACCUUAGCGAAAAGUUUGAGAAACCAGGCGUAAUCACGCUGCAAGUAUUGUUUAUCACUGAUUUAUGCUCAUUUGAGAGGCCUGACAAUGGAAAACUUAUGGAAAAGCUGAUCAAUGAUUGUAAACAAAUGGAUAUUUUUCUGUACGUAAUAGGGCUACCUAUAGAGCCCCCUAAAACAAUAUUCAGUCAUAAGGAUGUAUCAGAAUGGAUGGCUAAGUUGCAAAUAGACAAAGAUCAAUCUAACUUAAAAAUAAUGAAAAAGAUUGUUAACAAAACUCCACAUUCAGUUAUGUGUAAUUUUGAAGUUGGGUUCCAUCUGUUCCACUCCUACAAGUAUUUCAAAGGUAUGCAACCUUGGAAAGUACCACUUACGUGUGGCUCCAAAUUAAAUCUACCAGUAUCAACUAUCAGAGUCUCUAAAAGAGAUCCACCCUUCAGUCUUAAGAAUUUAUCAGCCAAAGUAGACCUUAAAUGGGCUUUUGAGGACGAACAGGAUAAAAUAAUCGACAGUGUUGAUACUGUUAGCGGCUUAAUAAAGCAUGGAAAGUUUAUAAAAAUUGAAAGCGAUGGCAGGUUUAAAAUAGUAGGUCCCCGAAGUUUUCAAGUGCUAGGAUUUACUAAAGCCGUAAAUGUACCAGAGUAUUUUCUUCAAUCUGAUGGAUCAUAUUUGGUGUUACCCGACUGUGAACAGCCAGAGGAAUAUUUGAAGUUUUUCAAUGCGUUAAUUGAAGAGCUAGCCGAAUCUAAAGUGUAUAUAAUCGCUCGGAGGGUUUAUAACGCAGACUGUAAUCCAAAAUUUUCAGCGCUAAUUCCUUGGAACGAAUUUAAUCUAAAGGGCUUUAUAUUAUGUCAAUUACCAUAUGCCGAUGAUGUAGUGAACAUAUACGUCGAGGAAGAUGUAGAUUUAGCCCCUGAGCUCAAUCCAGAUGAAAAAUGUUUUGAAUUCUUAGACAAAAUCAAUGUGGGGAGUGACAAAUGUAAACUUCAAGUCCCAUUGAGCCCGACAAUGAUGGUCUACUCAAAUGCCAUCAACAUCAUUGCAAAAGUAGAAGAGAAAUUAAUGCACAGUAAUAGAUGCACAGCGGCUGAAUCGUACACAAGUGAGUUGCCCUUUCAAGACGAUUUUCAAAAUAAUUGGCCACAAAGGAAUGUUGAUGAUCCCAAGAAAGAAAAAGUUGGAAAGGCUGAUUUCGAAGAUGUUGAUGAUUUUAAUUUUGAUUAGUUCAAAUCAAAAUGUAUUAGAUGUUUUUACAUGCUUUCAUUUCCUUUAAUAUAUUAUGCUUAAUUUAUACAUUUUUAGAUUCGAAAAAUUUGAACUGCAUAUGAACAAUAUCGUUCCAGUUUAUAAAUAAAACUUCCAUCGAGAAUGAGGGUUGAAUUCAAUUGUAAACAUACCUGUAUUACAUUUUCUACAUAUAAACUUGUAAAUCUCUAA